UGGCCAGCGUUCAUUUGUUUCAAGUAGCUAAACGUGUUGUAGUGUGUUUAGUAGUCAGCCAUGGUAAAAAUAACAGAAAGUGACGCCCGCGUACCUAAUCAUCCAACAGAGGAAGAGACAUGGGAAGAGAUCUGUCAAAAUUCGAACAAAUACAAUACUCCAAUGACUCUGCGAGAUUUAGAAGAAUUUGCCACGAUGGCAUCCUAUUUAAUUACUCAUUUAAGUCAAAACCCACGACGACGAUACCAAAUUGCGAUGAAUAAACUUCGAGAACUUUUCAAUUUGGAAUUCAAGAUGUUUUGCCAUGUGUGUUUCACACCGCACCAUCAAGAUGAAAUUACUGCGCCUGAACGCUAAGUAACAUAUUCCAAACACUAUAUUUCAAUAUUUUAUUCUAUUUAUCUAUCUAUUACUUCUUUCUAC